UCCACUGCGCUCACUCACUGCACUUCAGCACUUCAGCACCCCGCGCGCCAGCACGCCGAGUUGCGAAGCCGGGGAGACAUGCGGGAGCGCUGGGACGAUGGACGAAGAUGACGACUUCGCCUUCUCCGACUGCGACCUCGACGACCUCCCCGCCAACACGCUGCAACAGCUUGAAACCGCCGCCAUCGAGCUGACCCAGCACCCGCCAAACCCGCACCGCGCUGCAGACUCCGACUAUGGCCUGGAAGACGGCGACGAAGUCAUUAAUCUUGACGACGACGCGGCCCCGCCUCCCCCGCUCCCACAGCUCCCACAGCUCCCCCGGCCCUCGUCACCGCGUGCCCACGACCACAAUGGUUCCUCUCACGACGCCAUUGAGGCCGAGGAGCAGCCGCGGCGGUCGCAGGUCGACGUCGGCCAGCUGCUGCGGCGCAUCAAGAAGCUAGAGCAGGACAAGGCACGGCUGAACCGCGACCUGCAGGGCGAGAAGUCCAAGGCCCUCUCCAGGUCAGGCGAGGUCGACACGGUCCGGCGCCGCUUCGAAGCAGCGACCCGCGAGAACGAACGGCGGCUGCUCGCCCUGCAACAGUCGCACAGCCACGACUUUGCCAAACAGAAGGCCGAGCUGGAGAAGAUGCGUCGCGAGCGCGAGACUGCUCAGACAAACAACCUGUUCCUUGAGCAUGACCUGGCGCGAGAAGCAGAUCGCGCAAGGCGCGUGAAGAAGGGCGCGAAGGAGGCCGCUGUCGCUGGGCCAAAGGCGAAUGCGAGUCCGGUCGGGACGCCAAAGCGGCCAAAGGCCCUGCCCUUCCGUGAUGGAUUUGACGAUGAAGAUAUCGUUAUGGCCUCCCCCACCAAGAACCGGGACAGGCCGAAGCCGCCGACUCCCAGGCAGGUGGGCAAGCGCAAAAGGCAGAUCACCGAUCAGAGCCCAAUACCUGCCCUGCAAUUAAGCGAGCCCCGAGGCGGCCCCAAGGCUCAAGAGCCCUCAGUGCAAACUCAUGCCAAGCUUGAUGCUGCCAUGCUUGAGAAGCUCAGGAGGGACGACCAUCGGUUUGACCUCCUGCACCGCCUCGUUAACCAUCGGUCGUCAAAUGGGACGGACAGGGUUCUCGAGGCGCUGACGCAGUAUGCUCUGCCAUCCCGGCCCGACAAGAGGCUAUCCUCAAUCUUGUACGACGACCUCUCCCAUUGUAGCGUGGGACACGACGUUCGUCAGCUCGCACUCCGAAUCUGCUACAUUUUCCUCUCCCUCUGGGAUCGCUGCCUUCGGGAGAAAUACUACGCUCCCGUAUACCUAUUUCUCGACGCCCUCCAGUUCAUUCUCGCUUGUGAGCCCGCUUCCACUGCCGUCGCCUUGACAGAGCGUGCUAUUCCCCUGAUCAUGGCCGCCGUAGACCUUGUUUCCGUCCCUGUCGCCCGUGCCGCGACAAAUGUCAAGCAUAUCCCUGACCUGUACUCUCCAUCCCAAAGAGCAAUUUGCACUCAUAUUGACGUCUUGGAAUGCCUCAAUCUCCUGUACGUGAUUGCUACAAGCUGCGUCACUUCCACAGAGGCUAUCACUCGCUUCUGGCAGAGCAUUCCUAUCGACUUCGCCUUGGUUCUGCUGAUGAAAGCGCAGCCCCUUCCACAUAUCAUGCUUAUGCUCCGUAUUCUCAGUACCUCGUCUCUUCCAACAACCCUUGGGGCUAUCGUCGCUGUUGGUUCUAUGCCAGACCAACAAGCAAAGCGAGAGGUGGAUAUGAUAGACCGUCUCACUCUACUCCUUUUCGAGACUCCCGAAGCUCUUCCGGAUCCUGACGGUAAAGCGCUGCCGCCCACGCCAUGUUCUGCGAAAGACAUAUGGGAUCUUCGCAUCCGCGUCCUCGCUCUUCUCACAAACUUCAGCAUCUCAGACUAUGGCUCGUCUCGUUUAGCAAACCACCGCAAUUGCGUCGGGCGUCUUAUCAAACAUCUCGACUUCUCCCUCUCCUAUCUCUACACCUCUCCUCUGUUACCAACUCAAUCUCUUACCAUCACGUCCAUCAACAUAAGCAUGAAACUCAUUUACCACCUCAUGACGUCACACCCGGAUAUCGACAUCAAGUCGAAGCUUGGCGCGGUUCAGGGAGGCAGUCACAAGUAUCUAGUGGCACUAACACGAUUAGCAUUCAGUGAAGGACUAGUCCUGGAAGAGGGCAUCGAAGAAGAUGUCGUGGAUGCCGCGCACGCGAUCUUGGAUGAAGGGCUAAGUCCGGAGGAAGGUGAAGGCUUGCUACGAGUAUUCAGCAGUGGAGGCAGUGCGUAGGCUUCUCGCGAAAAUUUCCACUAGCAUUAAAUCUUUUGGAUGCUAUUUAGCUGGCACGUUUCGAAUCAUAAAGGACGACACUCCUAGUGUAUGUGGCCAUUUCCAGUCCCGAAUUUGCAUCAUGAUAGAUAAUGGAUAAUAAUUCAGAUUAAUUGGCAUGUCCGUAGGUAGAAAGGUUUUCGUUGGCUUCCGCUUUUCCCUCCUUCAAUCGUCUACGAUACUUAGAGAUCACGUCGUGAGGCGUGGGGAUUUUCCGAGCAACAAGAGUCAUCAUUGUGGGUCAGAAGGGGGCUUACUCGUGUACAUCCCAGCGCAAACUUCCAUUCUGAAUGAUAUCUCCUGUAGGGCUCCAAAAAGUUUUGUCCUCUUCGCCACACCACGCAACCUAGUUAAACAACAGCAAACACCUCAGUC